UUGAUCAAUAGCCUACGGUACUGUGUGAUAUCGUUGGACCUGCGAUGGGCUACAACGUAGGGGGAUAUGGAAUGGCUCGCUCGAGAAUCUUUAUCGUGUUGAUGGGGUUGUUGAGGUUUAGCUCUGCUUGCCCUGCAUCCUGCACUUGCAGCAUCUCAAGGCUUGUUUGUAUCGAUCCUGACCCAGGGAUCGAGGAUUUCCCUAUCCUUACGUUAGAUGACAUGGAAAUGGACAUCAACAUCACCGAUAUAUACAUUGCAAAUCAAAAUCGACUAUUUGACAUUAAUGAUAACAGCUUGAAGUACUACUCGAAUCUCAGAAAUCUAACUGUGACAAAUACGGGACUGACUUCUAUCUCAUCAGAAGCCUUUUUCAACAAUACAAGACUUCAAUAUCUGAAUCUGAGAGACAAUAACUUGUCAACACUGUCCUGGAGGACAUUCAUAAACUUAAACAUGACAUCUUUUCCUCUCCUGUCUGGUAACCCUCUGGAGUGUGUAUGUGAGAACAUGUGGAUCAAACUGAGGCUGCAAGAGGACAUUGACAGUUCAGAAAGUCAACAGCUGAAAUGCAUAGACGACCUUGGAGUGAGGAGGGCCAUCUCCAGAUUAAUUCUCCCUGAUUGUGAGGCUCCCGCAGUGGAGGUCAGUCCCUCUAUCGUCACAAAGACGGAGGGAAGUGAUGUCACAGCAGUGUGCAGUGCAACAGGGUCUCCUGCCCCUGAGAUCACGUGGAAUUUGGACACCAUCUUCACCAGCUAUGAGGUCAAUGUCUUGGAGCUGGAAAGCAAUCUGACACUGUCAGGUCUCUCGCCUUCGGACAACGGCAGAGUGAUCACUUGCAAUGUGGAGAACGUAGUCGGCCAAACUGAGGCUUACCUCCAACUCAACAUCCUCUUUUGCCCCACUAUCCUGGAGCUGCUGGAGCCAUUGAGACUCCACCACUGGUGUAUCCCUUUCAGUGUGACCGGGAACCCCAAGCCCGAGCUGCAGUGGUACCACCAGGACCAGGAGCUCCACGAACAAGAGUAUAUCAAGACUGAGAUCCACAAGAGCCUUGGAAGCGUUCACCACGGCUGCCUGCAGCUUGCCAACCCGACUCACAUCCACAACGGGCAGUAUACGCUGGUGGCCAGGAACGAGUUCGGGGAGGACCAGAAAGUAAUUGACGCCCACUUCCUGCUCCCGCCAGACGAGGGCGACUAUCCCUCAGAACAGCCAUAUUACCCUUACACCACUGACUCACCACUACCCCCAAUAGACGACAGUGUUGCAGUGUACGUAGUGGUGGGAAUCGCUGGUGUGGCAUUAAUUGUAUGUGUUCUGAUGGUGAUCAUUCUGAAAUACGGAAGAAACUCUAAGUUUGGGAUGAAGGGCUCCUCCUCCUCGGUCAUCAGUAACGAUGAUGACUCUGCCAGUCCUCUUCAUCACGUCUCAAACGGCAACAACACCCCGUCAUCCUCGGAGAUGAGCCACGAUGCGGUGAUCAUUGGAAUGACAAAGAUCCCUGUCAUCGAGAACCCGCAGUAUUUCCGCCAAUCUGGCAGCAUGCUGAAAUCGGACACAUUUGUCCAGCACAUCAAGAGACACAACAUUGUGUUGAAGCGUGAGCUGGGAGAGGGGGCCUUUGGGAAGGUGUUUCUGGCUGAAUGCUACAACCUGACUCCAGAUCAGGACAAGAUCCUGGUGGCUGUCAAGACGUUGAAAGAGGCCAGCGAGAGCGGCCGUGCUGACUUCCACCGGGAGGCGGAGCUGCUGACCAACCUGCAGCACGAGCACAUCGUCACCUUCUACGGCGUGUGUGUGGACAGCGACCCGCUCAUCAUGGUGUUCGAGUACAUGAAGCACGGCGACCUCAACAAGUUCCUCAGGUCCCAUGGUCCUGAUAUGGUGCUGAUGGCUGAUGGGCAGCAUAGCCUGAUGGUGGAGCUGACCCAGUCCCAGAUGCUGCACAUCGCCCAGCAGAUUGCUGCAGGCAUGGUCUACCUGGCCUCCCAGCACUUUGUCCACAGAGACCUGGCCACACGCAACUGUCUAGUGGGAGAGAACCUGCUGGUCAAGAUUGGGGACUUUGGAAUGUCCAGGGACGUGUACAGUACCGACUACUACAGAGUGGGGGGUCACACCAUGCUGCCCAUCCGGUGGAUGCCUCCUGAGAGCAUCAUGUACAGGCGGUUCACCACAGAGAGCGACGUUUGGAGUCUGGGCGUGGUCCUCUGGGAGAUCUUCACCUAUGGGAAGCAGCCCUGGUACCAGCUCUCCAACAAUGAGGUGAUUGAGUGCAUCACCCAGGGGCGUGUGCUGCAGCGGCCGCGUUCUUGUCCAAAGGAGGUGUACGACCUGAUGCUGGGCUGCUGGCAGAGAGAACCCUACAUGAGACUGAACAUCAAAGAGAUCCACAGCCUGCUCCAGAAUCUGUCCAAGGCCUCGCCUGUCUACCUGGAUAUUCUGGGCUGAGUGAGUCUGAUCGGCUGUGUUUGUGUAUGGGAGGGAAUGAGGGUGGAGUUGUGUGCGUACGAGCGAGCAUACUGUUUGUAUGGGUGCGAAUAAGGGUGUAGUUUGUGUGUGUGAGCAUACUGUGUGUGUAUGGGUAGGAUGAGGGUGGAGGUGUGUGUGUGUGUGUGUGUGUGUGUGUGUGUGUGUGUGUGUGUGUGUGUGUGUGUGUGUGUGUGUGUGUGUGUGUGUGUGUGUGUGUGUGUGUGCGUGCGUGCGUGCGUGCGUGCGUGCGUGCGUGUGUGUGUGUGUGUGUGUGAGAGAGCAUACUGUAUGUGUUUCUGUGUGCUGACUGUCCUUUUGCCUGCUCAUCACAUAGACAAAAGCCUUACAUUUGAUUGCCAUUUCCUUUCCUUGUCCAUUUGAAAAUACUCUUAGGACCCGUUUCUCAAACCCAGAUUAAAAGAAUCCCGGAGUAGGCCCAAUUCUGGUUGAGUUAAUCAAGAGCAAAAAAUAGGAUUUCAUAAACAUCAGUUAACCUUGAAUUACAAACUCUUGGACUUUGACAGGGACAUUUUAAAUAAUAGUCAAAGAAUAAAUUAAUAAUGUCCAUGAAACCAAAUGAUCAGUAAUCUUUAUUAAAUUGUAAUUUAGUCAAGGAGUAGGCCAAGGCCUCCCGCGCCCAGACUCUGUCGCAACCGGCCGCGACCGGGUGGUCCGUGACACACAAUUGGCCUAGCGUCAUCCACGGCCGGUAGGGAUAUCCUUGACUCAUUGCGCACCAGCAACUCCUGUGGCGGGCUGGGCACAGUGCACGCCAACCAAGGUUGCACGGUGUUUCCUCCAACACAUUCGUGCGGCUGGCUUCUGGGAUGGAUGCGCUCUGUGUUAAGAAGCAGUGCGGCUUGGUUGGGUUAAGUAUCGGAUUACUUUCAACCUUCGUCUCUCCCGAGCCCGUACGGGAGUUGUAGCGAUGAGACAAAAUACAAUUGGAUACCAUGAAAUUUGGGAGAAAAAGGGGUCAAACCCCCCCCCCCCCCCAAAAAAAAAUGGACUAGGCCAAAUCUGGGUCAGCGAAACAGAUCCUUAAUGUACAUUUUUUAUUGUACUGUGUUUGCGUCUCAAAAUUAUAAUGGACACGUGCCAACAUGGAUACGGCAUUUCCUUGUUUCUCCUAACAUGUCUUUACAUUUUGAACAUCUCGUGUGGAGAGACAUAUAAAGUCGAGACGUGCAAAGAAAACUAAACCCAUUGCAAUGAAGUAAGGUACAAUAAAAACCGCUUAUAUAGAUGUCAUGGACUAUUUUUAUGAUGUGAGAACUUUCUAAUUGAUGUCACGGGCUCUUGACUCUAUUGUUUCCAUGUUAAGUCAUGUCUUUACAUUUUGAUUUGUGACUGGACUGUUGUCGUCAUGGCCAACCAGAGCUGGCCAUGAAGGGUACCUCUUAGGACUUAUAAUGACUUCAGAACACAUUCAUAAGCAGUAUGUAAGCAUGUCAUGAAUGUUUUUCCCCAUGUAUUUAUGAAAUGCUAAUGUACUGCAGCAUGUAGGGUUAUGAAUGUUAUGUUAAGUCUCUAUGUAGGUACCCUCAGUCCAGAGAGAAUGAGUGUAACGAUGUUCUUCGUUUGUCGAAAGAAAGUCGGACCGAAAUGCAGCGUGUUGGUUACUCAUGUUUAUUAAUUGAACAAACGACGAUACAUGAAAAACAAAAACAACAAACGGAAUGUGAAAAACCUAUACAGCCUGUCUGGUGAACACUAACACAGAGACAGGAACAAUCACCCACGAAAUACAAAGUGAAACCCAGGCUACCUAAAUACGGUUCCCAAUCAGAGACAACGAGAAUCACCUGACUCUGAUUGAGAACCGCCUCAGGCAGCCAAACCUAUGUAACACACACCCCUAAUCAGCUACAAUCCCAAUAACUAAAAAACCCCACUAAGAAUACAACAAACAAUAAACCCAUGUCACACCCUGGCCUGACCAACUAAUUAACUAAAACACAAAAUACUAAGACCAAGGCGUGAAAAUGAGAGCCAUUCAUCCACACAACCAACACUGUUAAUCCCCUGAGUGUUGAUAUCCAUAUGUGCAUAUUAUGAAAACACAUUCAUCUUAUUAAAAUACGUGUUUACCUUUUAAAAGACAAUGGCAUUUCUAUGCCAUAUUUAUCAAUAUUUUUUUAAUUUGUAUUAUUUUCUUUUUUUAAUGAAUGUUUUCUGCUUGUGGUUCAUUAUCAGUGGUAUUUUCUUUCUGAAUAUAUUUUGCUAGCUUCUUACAUUGUCCAUUGUCCAUGUAGAAGGUGUUGGUGUUUUGAAUGUGGUUAGAAUGCACUACACAUGUCAGUCUUAACUGCAUAACUAAAGCACAGUGAAAAAUAUCCUAGUAUAAAGUUGGAAGAGGGAGGAACUUUGAGUUGCCUCAACUCAAAUCACAGCAGUAUGUAUGGAAGUUGAGCAUAGCAUAACAUUGUCUUUUUGUUUUGUCAUUUGUGAAGAGCACAUUCACCAGCAAUGGCUGGUGAUAGAGCAUCCCCUUUAGAUAGAGCAUCCCCUUUAGAUAGAGCAUCCCCUUUAGAUAGAGCAUCCCCUUUAGAUAGAGCAUCCCCUUUAGAUAGAGCAUCCCCUUUAGAUAGAGCAUCCCCUUUAGAUAGAGCAUCCCCUUUCGA